UGCCACUCUGCGCCUGCGCACGGGCGGAGGCGCGCUGGAGACUCGCUGGAGCGGGCAGGUGGAGGGAGGAGUGGUCCCGGGAGUAACUGCCAGGAGUUGGUGCGCCGCAGGUCCGGGGGCGCCCGCGGUCCCUGGGCCUUGGAGGCCUGAACGCGUUCGGAACGUGGCAUUUUUUUUUUGCGGGGGCGUGACCUGAGCUCGCCUCCUCGGCUAGGAGUGGAGGAGAAUGGGGAUCGCUGAGGCCUUUAAUUAAUUUGGUGCCUGUUGUUUGUUUGCCCGAGAGCGGCCCCAUAUGGACACUAACACGCGCUCACCACCUCCACUCCCAUCUCCCCUACGUAGGAGAUGACACAUGGGGUCUCAGCACUCCUCAGCCCUCACAUUUUGUCAACGAAAGAAGGAUGACAACCCGGAGGACUUGCUGGCCGAUAGAGAUCAGGAGGAAGCCAUCGCUCAGUUUCCCUAUGUGGAGUUCACUGGGAGAAAUAGCAUCACCUGUCACACCUGCCAGGGAGCAGGCUACAUCCCAGCAGAGCAAGUCAAUGAGUUGGUGGCUUUGAUCCCCCACAGUGACCAGAGGUUGCGUCCUCAGAGAACGAAACAGUAUGUCCUCCUGUCGGUCCUGCUGUGUCUCCUGGCAUCUGGCCUGGUGUUCUUCUUUCUGUUUCCACACUCGGUCCUCGUGGACGAUAAUGGCAUUAAAGUGACGAAAGUCACGUUUAAUAAACAGGACUCCCUUGUGGUCCUCGAUGUCACGGCCACCCUGAAGAUCAGGAACUCCAACUUCUAUCCUGUGGCCUUGACCAACCUGUUCAGCCAGGUUCAGUACAUGAAGGCCGUGGUCGGCUCAUACACGACCACAAACGUCUCGCUCAUUCCCCCUCGGAGUGAGCAUCUGGUGAAUUUUACGGUGAAGGCUGAGGUGGGAGGCCCGUCGUCCUAUGUGUACUUCUACUGCACACUCCCUGCCAUCCGGGUACACAACAUUGUGAUCUUCAUGAGGACUUCUGUGAAGAUUUCAUACAUCGGUCACAUAUCCCAGAGCGCCUUGGAGACACAACACUAUGUGGAUUGUGGGGCGAAUUCCACAGCUGUUCAGAGCCUGCUUUUGGUUUCCCGGGGGCCACACCUGUAGAAGGAAGCCUAACGUCUAACAUCUGUCCGGAUGGCUGGCCCAGCGUCCGUAUGGUGUAAGAGGAGGAGGAGGCUGCUCUCUCAGCCCACAGAAAACACCUCCUGCACUUAGGGGAAAGCCUCCCUUCCAAUGGAAGCACUGCCCAGCGCCUACUCUGUGCUGAGCAAAUACUUAGCGCUCAACUGCAGUUUGAAGAUUUGCAGUCAGGUAUUUUGGCUGUGCUUUAUAAGUCGAGAUGAACCAGGGUUCUAGGUUUUCAGACCAGAGUAGCAUGAUGGUAGGGUGCUAGUGCAGCUGCAGACACAUGGGUGUGAAAAACAGCAGCAGGGCAGGGAGUCCUGGACACCCAUGAGGAGCCCCUCAGUGGCUGCCUUUGCAUCUGUUCCCUAAUCCCCGCCCCGGCCCCGGCUUUUCAGAAAGGUUUUGUUGUUUCUUUUCCUUCCCCAUACAAAAUGAUUACAGUUUCCCCCUAAGGGUCUAUUGAAGGGCUUGACAGACCUUUGAUCCACUGGCUGGAUAUGGAUUGGGAAUUUGAUAGAAAAAUAAACCCUGCUUUUGAUUGA